CUCGGAGUUGAAUUCGGCUGUAUUCGGCGAUGGAAUGGAUCCUAUUCCGUGCGGAAGUAAGCAAGGCGACGAAAAUGCAUCUAAAAAGGCGGCAGCUUUCCUUAUUGCGCACGAAUUGAAGGAAAAAGAGCGCGGUCAGAAUGGAAAGAACGCUGACGAAUCGUUUGAAAUGAAGGAGAUUCGGAAAAGUAAUGCCAGCGAUUCUCCGAGUGUCCUGAUACUACAGAAGGAGCAAGGGUUUGUUCUCAUCGGAUUCAUUCGCUCUGCAGCAAAUGGAGUCCCUAUUGUGAUUCCGGUGGAAGAGGGCGACUCAACGUCGUUGAAAUCGUUAGAUCUUAUUGCAAACGAACCGGGUACCAUAUGCAUUUAUUAUGAAUCGAAAAGCCGUCACAUUGAGUUGCGUGGACGCUUUCUGGACGAGGAGUACAUCAUAUAG